GACGUCCCGACCGUGCGCGCGGAGUUCCCGGGCUUGGCGGCCGUCGGCGAGAACGCGCUUUUGGACGGCGCGUCGGGCAGCCAGGUCCACGCGUCCGUGCUCGACGCCGUGCGCGAGGCCUUGGUCUUCGCCGCCGCGAACCUCGGCGGCGCCUACCCGUCGUCGGCGAAGGUGCUGGACACGGUCGUGGCCGCGCGCGCGGCCGCGGCGGACCUCUUCGGCUGCGAGCCCGCGGAGGUCGUCUUCGGCAACAACGCGACGUCGCUCGUGCUGCGCGCGUCGCGGGCGCUGGCGCGGACCUGGGACGCCGGCGACAACAUCGUGCUGUCGUCGCUGGACCACGACUGCAACGCGGGGCCCUGGGCUUGGGCCGCGCGCGACGCGGGCGUUCGGGUGCGGUGGAUCCCCGUCAAGGGCGACGGCUGCCUCGACGUCGACGCGCUCGAGGCGCUCGUCGACGCGCGCACGCGCCUCGUCGCCUGCGGCUACGCGAGCAACGGCCUGGGCUCCGUCACGGACGUGUCGCGCGUCUGCGGCGUCGCGCGAAGAGCCGGCGCGGUCUCGUUCGUCGACGCGGUGCACUACGCGCCCCACGGCCUCGUCGACGUCGACAUCGUCGGCUGCGACUUCCUCGUGCUGAGCCCCUACAAGUUCUUCGGCCCCCACUGCGGCGCGCUCUUCGGGCGGCGCGAAUUACUGGAAGCGCUCGAGCCC